AUGGGAAGAGUCAGUUCAAAGCUUAUAAAGAAUGCAUCCAAGCAAUUUGUUGAGAAACAUUACGGAAACCUCACCAUUGAUUUCUAUGAGAACAGAGACGUACUUGACACAGCAUCUGUCAUCAAAGGAAAGAAAGUAAGAAACAAGAUUGCUGGAUAUGCCACUAGACUUAUGAAAAGAAUAAGAUAUGAGAAGGUAAAGGGAGUGUCUAUCAGAGCACAGGAAGAGGAAAGAGAAAGAAACGAGAACUACGUUCCAUCCGAGAGUAUCAUUGAUGUUGAAAGAAUAGAAGUUGACAGCGUAACAAUGGACAUGAUAAAGGAAAUUGGACUAACAGGAAGUUUCUUUGUUCCAUCACUCGAGGCAUAAAUAACCCAAUAAUAAAGAGUAUACGA